UUCUCAUCGAUAUCGGUACGUUUCACGCUUGCACCUAUAAGCCAUUAAAAAAAUGUUUUCCUUCCCGAAGGGAGCGUGCCAUUUUCUUUGCUUUUGUCCCUGUAGCUAAAAUAUUUAAGGUAUAUCUCAAUAGAUGGCGUUCGCGUCAACUCCACGGAUGUUUAACAUCAGUACAUGAUGCCGUGACGUAAGGGGUGGACGUGCUGCGCAUCCUUCCACAAAUAUGGCUCAACCCUCAACCUCAGGCGGCAUAAAUCCUACAAAUUUCUACGGGGACAGUCUUCCACCGCGCCCUAGGUACAUGGAUUAUACCUGUAGAGAUGAGCCCCGCUCUGACUCAGAGUAUUCAGAUAUUGAGGAUGUGGAAGACAGUGGUGAUGAGUAUCUACUCACCCAAGAUGAUGAAGCGCAGUUCAGGCGAGAUUUGAUGCUUGACUUUCAAGAUGAAAAGGCAGUCGUUGCUGGCCGAUCAAGAAGAAGAACGCUACUUCCUUUGGACCCCGUUGCAUUACCUUCAGAUGCACCUGCAGCUAAUGGGACAACACAAGAAACACUUGCUCAUGUUGCCUAUGCUAAACAGAAUAAAGACACUAGUGAUCUUGACUGUGACACUCUUUCAAAUAAUAUCAGUGUUCAUGGACAUGGUAAUUCUUCAGACGUAACCGUCACCACACCUUCAGUAGCUCAUGUUUCUGAGGUGGAAAGGGAUGAGGAGGUAGAAGAUUACAGAAACUUGAAACACAAAAUUAAUUGGAAACAAUGUGAUCCUAAUGAGAAUAAUGAAAAAAAUAUUCCAGAGUUUAGGGGUUUUGUAUCAGGCAGAGAAAAUGCCUUGCAACCAAUAGAAUAUUUUAGGCAGUUUUUUGACAGAGAAUUACUGACACUAAUAUGUAAUGAGAGCAAUAGAUAUGCCUUGCAAUGUGACCCAAGCAAACCACUUUCUCUAACAGUACAAGAGCUAGAGGUAUUUCUAGGCAUUUGUAUCUACAUGAGUAUCGUCAAAAUGACCAGCCAUCGUAGAUACUGGACUUCUGAUGCACACCUUAGGGCUGUAAUAGACUACAUGUCCUGUGCCAGGUGGGAAAGAAUCAAGUCAUGCAUUCACUUUGCAGAUAAUUCACAGUGUCCUGCAAAAGGAACGCCAGAAUAUGACAAACUGUACAAAGUUAAGCCACUUUUGAACCACCUAAAGUCCAAGUACAAUAUGAUCCCUAUGGAUAAGAAUGUGUGCGUGGAUGAACAAAUGAUACCAUAUAAAGGAACAAGAGGUCCAAGAUAUUACAUCAAAGGAAAACCCAACCCUUGGGGUUUCAAAGUAUGGACUCUUGCUGGUAGCCAUGGUAUUGUACACAACUUUGAAGUAUGUGUUGGAGCAACUCCUAAGGUCGAUGGAUUCCCUGAUUUGAAAUCCAGUGCUAAUAUUGUGUGCAAAUUAGCAUCAAUCAUUCCCACCCACAAGAACUAUAGACUUUACAUGGAUAACCUGUUCUCAACAAUUCCCUUGUAUUUUGAGAUGUAUAAAAGGGGAAUACUAUGCAUGGGAACUGUUCGCACCAAUAGGCUUUCUGGAUUGAGAAUGAUACCUGACAAAGAUUUGAAAGCAAAAGGAAAGUCUGCUUUUGUAGAAUAUGAUGGAAAAGUAGAAACUUGUCCAGAGAGUGUAAGGGUUGUUCGGUGGAAUGACAGCAACCUGUGUACCAUCAUGUCUACCAUGGGAUCUGCUCAGCCAGUUGCAAAUAUACCUCGUUGGGAUAAAUCAGUAUCCACAACAGAAAAGUCUCCAGUAAACUGCCCUGCUCUCAUCAAGCACUAUAAUGAAAACAUGGGGAACCUUAGCAUUUGUAAUGCCUGGCUACUAUACAGAAGGGACAUCCAGGCUUUGGAUGCACGUGCAAAAUAUUUGAGCCUACAUGAUUUCAAAUUGGUAUUGUCUUCAUGUCUGAGGAUGCAAGACAAACCUUUAUCAGGAAAACGAAGAGGUCGGCCAUCAAGUGCAUCAGUCGAUGAAAGGCUGGUGGAAAAGAAACAAAAAGGCCACAACACAAAACCAAUACCACCAAAGCCACACCACACAAAUGGAGACAAUGUGAAGCAAGAUAAUGAAGGUUUGCGAGGAACAGAGGAGCCACCACCUGCCUGCUCGUCGGGAACCUCCACCAGGACCACGCCGAAGGUCGCAGGCCAAGUGUGUCAGUCACCCACUCCACGCAGUAACCGUCCCACUCACGGCCAGCUGUAUCAGACCGCAGCCUCUCCCUCCCCCACUGCCCUUCCUGGUUACCAUUCCGUGAACCAGCACUCCACGCAGAGAGCGGUAGGGGAGGGGUUCAUUGUGGUGUGCUGCUGCCUCGCCUCCGCCGCAUCCCCGGCUGAUGGGCGUACUGAAGGGGAGGGGCAAUGUGGGGAUGAAGGAGGAGAGUGUCGAGUGUGUAACUGCGACAAGGUACAGCACUCGUGGGCCGCCAGCAAGGCAGCACGGAGGCGAGGGUUGGCUGCGGCCGAUCGAAUUAUCCUCACUGGUGGCCGCGUGGCCCCGGAUGUCCGUAAAAGGCGGGACGAGGGGGAGGCAGCAGUAAUGAACACCGCCGUCAGAGAUAAAAUAUACAGGAGUAGCGUGAAGCGUGCAUGGCGUGGUGUGCCCCAGGGCAUCCACCGCCUCGAGCCACGCACGCCAGCCAGCCCAGGCACCUGCUACUCAGCCUCCCUAGCCUUGCCUACUUGGUGUGGUGUGGAAACCCAGGACACGAUAAGCUGCUGGUGUGUCAAGACUGCAGUGAACAGCGGUGUUCAGGAGGGCGGAGGUCCUGACUCGCCCCAAGCAGCCACGGCUCCCCAAGGCAAGCCACAGCCACAGGAGACCCCAGCCAGCGUCCGAAACUUGAGGCGAACCACAGAGGACGGUGUCUCUUUCUCUAAAGUGAUUCGCUGA